GACAAAAGCUAACACCACCAUCUCCUUCUUCUUCUCUCUCUAGAAUUUUUCACUUUCUCUCUCUAGUUUCUUCUCCAAGCAAAACAAGGAAGAAAUGGUUUUCGUGAAAGGUCCAGGCUUAUACCCUGACAUUGGCAAGAGAGCCAGAGAUCUUCUCUACAAGGAUUAUCAGGGCGACCAUAAAUUCACUCUCACUACUUACAGUUCAAAUGGAUUGGCAAUUACAUCCACGGGGACUAAGAAAGGCGAAUUAAUUUUGGGCGAUGUCAAUACACAGCUCAAGAACAAAAACAUCACAACUGAUUUGAAAGUGGAUACUAACUCCAAUGUUUGCACAACCAUCACUGUGGACGAGCCUGCACCUGGAGUGAAGGCUAUCAUUAGCUUUGCUGCUCCCGACCAGAAAUCUGGCAAGGUGGAACUUCAGUAUUUUCACGAAUACGCUGCAAUUAGUACUAGCCUUGGGUUGACUGCAAAACCAAUAGUCAACUUCUCCGGUGUAGCUGGGAGUCACAAGGCUGCGUUUGGGACCGAUGUUUCGUUCGACACUGCUACUGGAAAUUUUACUAAAUACAAUGCCGGAGUUAGUUUUACCACUACCGACCUAAUUGCUUCCUUCAUUCUAAAUGAUAAAGGUCAAAGCUUGACAGCAUCAUACUUCCACACAGUCAGCCCGUUGACCAAUACAGCAGUAGGAGCAGAGUUGACCCACAGUUUUACGAGCAACGAAAACACACUCACGAUUGGAACACAGCACUCGCUCGAUCAUCUGACGUCUGUCAAAGCUCGUCUGAACAACUACGGAAAGGCGAGUGCUCUAAUACAGCAUCAAUGGCGUCCAAAAUCUCUCGUCACUAUUUCAGGUGAAGUUGACACCAGAGCUAUAGACAAGACCGCCAAAAUCGGGCUUGCUGUUGCUCUCAAGCCGUGAGGAAUUUUUUUCUUGGUAAAAAAUUGUUUUGUCAGCAAUAAAAGUAGAUUCGUAUCGAGAUUCUAUCAAUGCCAUUGGUUUCGUUUUUACCAAAUUUUGAGCCUUUAAUGCGACGAGGCCAUUUUUUUAACGAAAAAUAAUGCUGGGAAUUGAUAAUUCAGCAUGUAACGGAGAGUCGAAAACUCUUUUUUGAAAAUGAUUUGUGAGAUCAACACUUGAACCACAGUGGUAUUGUUUGGUUCAGCUAAGAAUUCAAUAAAGAUUUAUUGUUUAUUUA